AUGAUGAACUCUUUUUGGUGGGGGAGUGGUAGUGGUGGCUCGCGAGGAAUUAAUUGGAUGAGGUGGGAUCGACUCUGUGUUAGAAAAUAUCAAGGCAGACUGGGUUUUUGCAAGCUUCAUGAGUUCAACCUGGCUAUGCUUGGUAAAAGUGGAUGGCGACUGUUGUUACAUCCGGAUUCUCUUGUAGGGCGACUGUAUAAAUCAAGGUAUUAUCCCAAUUCUAAUUUCCUAGAGGCUACUUUGAGUAAUAAUCCGAGCUAUAUAUGGCGGAGUAUUAUUGCUUCACAACCUUUGGUUAGGAGUGGAGCUCAGUGGAGGGUGGGAAAGGGUGAUCGUAUUAAAAUUUGGACUGAUUCAUGGCUGCCUGAUGACUCUAACCCACGAGUAAUGUCUCUGGUUAUUCAGGGAUCUGAAGAAGCUGUAGUGCGAGGCCUGAUAAGGACUGAUGAGCGUUUAUGGGACCAGGACAUUCUCAGGGAUCUGUUUAAUGAUAGGGACAGAGACCUGAUCAAUAAAAUUCCACUCAGUUGUAGGGAUAAUGAAGAUAGAAUUUACUGGAGGCCCGAUAGGAAAGGUGAGUAUACAGUGUGA